AUGGCAAAGAAACCCGCUAAUCUGUUCUACUUGCUGCCGCUAGCAGGCCUCGUCCCGUGGACAGGUAUGCUUAUAGCAAUGCUCGCAUGCUGGGGCGCCCAAGGCCGUCCCAUCUAUUGGUUCAUGCAUAGCUACCAAAGUCCAGUCUAUCUUUCAGAUAUCGGUGCUACUAAUCUUCGACCGCUAUUUAUCUCCUGUGCCGGUGCACAAGGGUUGAUAUAUGUGAUCUGUGUGGCUUGCGAGUAUUACCAACGUGCAGGCCGUCGUUGGCCAUGGCAAAAACACAAGGCGUAUGUGGCUGAAAGCUCAGACUACAAGACAUAUGCCUCGCAGUUGGCCUCCCAGCGCUAUCUCAUGCCGCCAUGGUACACCCGCGACGAACGCAACCUGAUCUGGGCGGCUACCGUGCUGGCCGCCAUUGGCGAACUCGCACUGUUGUUCUGUUCUAUUUUCUCGACCGCGUUAUACCAUCAUGUCCAUUUAUCGAUGGUGGGUGUUUUCAUUGCAUUCAUGUUUCUAUCCAUCUGUUGCCAAGGUGCCGAAUAUUUCCUCAUGGGCAAACACUACGCGCUGAUCCAUCCGUUGGCCUCUGCCGAAGAUCACCAAAUCACUUUCGAAGAGUUGAGUUGGAAACAAUGGCGUGGCCACAUAUGGAACAAGUUCACACUAAGUGCCACUUGCAAAAUGUCUUGGUUGACCCUUGCGUUUGUUUGGGCCAUUUGUUUCGGCUGUUGUUCUUCGGACUCCACCAAGGCUGCCUUCGAAUGGGUCUUGUGUUUUUGGUACUCCUUCUACUUCUUAUUUUUCUCCAUCGACUUCUACUUGGGUGGCCGCUACAGAGAUUCGAAAUACUUCCACCAAAUCCAACAACAAUCGUUUGCCAGAUACUACAAAUACGAUAUCCGCGGCGAUACCAAAGAAGAAGAAGAAGAAGAAGAAGCAGACGACACGUAUUCUGAUAUCCACAUCGACCAGUACUCUGCCAUGCAAGUGCCGGACGGUAAGCAACUGGACAAGGCGAAAUCGCAGUUGCAAUACCGUGAUGACAAGUCGCAAUUCACCCUGAUCGCCCCUUCGCGCUCGUAUCACAAGAACAGUGACAUACAGGUCAUCUCAAACAACAGCAACAAUAUCUAA